GGACGUGCAGAUAGAGGAAGAGUGCAAAGUUAGCCUAGCGUCACAAACGCACGCAACGCGUCAGAUCUCUCUUCUGCUACACUAAACCAGAUUUUUUGUUUUUGUUUUAUUUUAACCCAGCGGUAGUUUAUUCUCAUUUACAAGGACUUCGGAGAACGAUCUGCAGAGAUGAGCUUCCUUUUUGGCAGUCGCUCAUCCAAAACUUUCAAACCCAAGAAGAACAUCCCCGAGGGCUCGCACCAGUAUGAGCUGCUGAAGCAUGCUGAAGCCACGCUGGGCAGUGGCAACUUGCGGCAGGCCGUCAUGCUGCCUGAGGGGGAGGACCUCAACGAGUGGAUCGCUGUCAACACUGUGGAUUUCUUCAACCAGAUCAACAUGCUGUAUGGCACCAUCACUGAGUUCUGCACCGAGACCACCUGCUCUGUCAUGUCUGCGGGACCAAGAUAUGAGUACCACUGGGCUGACGGCACCAACAUAAAAAAGCCCAUCAAAUGCUCGGCUCCCAAAUACAUUGACUACCUGAUGACCUGGGUGCAGGACCAGCUGGAUGACGAGACCCUCUUUCCCUCCAAGAUUGGAGUGCCUUUCCCCAAGAACUUCAUGUCCGUGGCCAAGACCAUCCUGAAGCGUCUGUUCAGGGUCUAUGCCCACAUCUACCACCAGCACUUUGACUCUGUGAUGCAGUUGCAGGAGGAGGCCCACCUCAACACCUCCUUCAAGCACUUCAUCUUCUUUGUGCAGGAGUUCAACCUGAUCGACAGACGCGAGCUGGCUCCCUUGCAGGACCUGAUUGAGAAGCUGGGCUCUAAGGACAGAUAGAGCCUUCAUUCCCUGUUGUCUCUCUUUCCGCUGUGCUACCUCUGACUCUUUGAGCUGUGUGCCUUCUCCACACUCUCCAAACUCACCUCACUGUCCUUCUCAUGCUGUAGGCCUCUGAGCCAAUCCAGUCCUGUGUUUUCUGUAAAUUUGGUUAAGAUUAUGGUGGCACAGAUUUUUAAUUUGAAUCAUUUAAUUUCCUUCAAUUUGACUAGUAUAAAUGUCACCUACUGUCUAUAUUUAAUCUUUAAGCAGCAGUUGAUGAUGAUACAACAAGCAAAAAAGUCUAAUGUUAUUACGCUAAUAUAGUCCAGGUUGUUUUUAGACUAAGGGGGAGAAUUUUAGACUAUGGGGUGGCCACCAUAGUCUCCUGUAUUAAUGGGACACACUGGAUAGUCUAUUUUAGGACAUUUCCACAAAUACAGUGGAGUUCAGUGGACCGAUGAGCUUUGACAUUUGUAGUGGAAGUGCACAGCUGUUGCGUAGGGUAAUUUUGAUACCUUUUUACAUUUUCAUCCACUGUAUUCUUGUAACUAAAUUGUUUUAGUUAUUUCCUGGCGUAUCCAACUUAUUUCAAUUUCCAACUUAUCAAUAUCCAACUUAUUUUCAACUUGUCUAACACUCUAGCAUGUUCAAUGAGAUGUUAUGUUGUUGAUAGCAAAGAUAGUUGGGUCUAGGGCUGUGGUCGACUGAAGACAUGUGCUGCAGAUCGAUCGGUCAACUAAAAAAGGAUGUGGCAAAAGCUCUCAAAACUAUUUUGUCUGUGUAUCUGACCCAAACUGCAGUCACAAGACUACACCUGCAGGGGGAGUUCAUGCAAAAAAUACAUUAUUUCCUAGUACUUUUUUCUGCAUAAAAAGUAUUUGGAUAAAGACAGAUUAAACUUGCAAAUCAUAAAUUUAAUCUGCCUUUUUACAGAUAAAUACCAAAAAACUAGAAAUCUUCAGCUGAGUCACUACUAACUUCUGCCGGUGUCCCAUAUAAAUCCUAAAUAAAAUGAUGCAUCCACUAAAAGACUAUAGCCCUAGUUGGUUCUGCAAUCUUUUCCAAUACAUAAAUACAUACAAAAUGGUUUCUGUUACAAGUGAAAUCUUCCACAUUGCUUCUUUUCUCUGAUUUAACUGUAGUGUCUAUAAUUGUACAGCAUAGGCUUCUGUUCUAUUCUAGUCUAUCUGUGUUCUAUGCUGACUGAUAUCUCACACAGGAUCCUAUGCGGAUCACUGCCUCUGGACAGUGAGCCGUCCUGUACUUAUCUUUUGUGUUUUGCACAUGUUUAAUACUCCCUGAAAAUUUCAAAAGUGAAAUGUGUAAUUUGCCAAUUUGCUGGUUUAUUGCUAAGCCUAGUCUAUCAUACAUACCAAAUCAUUACCGCUUAGGCUUUCUCCUAUUCCUUUGCUGUGGGACCUCUAGUGUAGUGGCUCCCAACCUUUUGUUAUGUUGAGCACCCUCUAAGCCUUGUCUGGCAAGAAACCCCUAACUCGGCUACCAGGCAAGUCUGUUUACCAUAGUAGUAUAUUACUAUUAUUAUUUUUUUUUUUUAGUUUUAAAAAAGGUAUUACAAUCACAACUGAACCUGUGUUGCUGGUGUCUUAACCUGCAGAUAGAGGACACAUCCAACUUUCUCAUUCUCAGUAUGUAGACAGGCCUCUUGUAAAAGCUCAGAAGCUCCAGAAUUCACUCACUGAGCGUCAGAGGCUGCACUAGCACUGAUUCAUGAUUGGUUAGAAGUGCUGGGGUUUAGGUAGUGAUGAUUCAGAUCAAAGAGAGGCAUUUUAAGUUUAAACUAACUGGAUUUUAGGUUUGGGACUGGCAUCCUAAAUGAGAGACUCAUGUGAAACUCAUGCUGUUUUCUGAUAAUCGUCUUGAGAACCAAAACACCAAAUUGUUACAUAAACAUGACCAUCAUGUCCAAUGUUUUUUGUAAUUAACAAUUGUAAUGCUGAUUUAUUCUCAUCAGUAAAAGCUAUAUUUGAUUUGAACAUUUUAUUUGAACCUCAUAUCUGGGGGCACAGGUAAUGUUUCUGAAAUGUAAAACCUAAAUAUUACAUACAUAUUUAAUUAGGAGUAUUUUUAAAAUCAGUAUAAUUAAAGAUACAAAAUAAGAUUUGUUUUAAACAAAUACUGUUUAAUUUCACAGUUUUAAAAUCUGAAAAAAACAACAACAUGACCCCGUUAAGUGCUCCCAUAGCCCUGGUUGGAAACUGC